AUGAGAAUAUCUAAAGUUUUUUUUUUAUUUCAUUUUAUUCUGUUAUCGUAUUUUUUCACACCAUGUUUAUCAAACAAUCAACAUGCCACUAGGGGGGCAUUGCAUUGUUUAAAAUCGAUAGAACGUGAACUGGAAAGGAAGAAAAACAAGAGAAAAAAAAUUAUUAUGUAUUCCAUAGGUUCGAUUUUAGGAUUAGCUGCAGUUAUAGCAACAGGGGUAGGGAUUGGUAUGUAUUUUAAAAAGAAAAAAAAAAAUUACGCAGAAGGGUUACAAAAAAUUGAAUCUGAACAGCCCGAUAAAAAAAUAGAUAAACCUGAUUUUCUGUUAACCAAGUCUAAAUCGGAAAAUGUUGAGGUAAAGGGGAAUAAUGAAGCGGAUGAUCAACUCGUGAAAGGUUUUAAAAUCGAUGCCAAGGGUGCAGAAUUGUUUAAUGGAGGGACUAACCUAACUGAUCUUAUGAACAGUGAACCUGUGAUAAAUGAAGGUGUUAAUAUGGAACCUAUCAAGACCGAAUUUGCAAAUAUGGAAUCUGCCACAAACGAAAAGGUAAACCUUGAGACAAUCGUAAGCGAACCUAUGAAUGUUGAAAUAUCCUCAGUUGAAUCAUUAAACACUGAACCCUCCAUAAAUGAUACGUUAAAUGUGGAACCCACAUUAACCGAAUCGGUAAACAUUGAACCCACCUUAAGCGAAACUGUAAAAUGUGAAGAAAGUGUAGAAGGAAACGUGAACCUUGAACGAACAUCAGUUGAAUCAUUGAAUACGGAACCCGCUGCAACCGAAACGGAGAGUAUCGAUCCAGCAUUAACCGAAACUGUGGACGCAGAACCAGCUAUAAGCAAAACAGGUAGCAUGGAAUCCACAACAGCUGAAAGUAUGAACUUUGGGACAUCCGAAACUGAAUCAUUGAAUUCUGAACACGUAGCAGCCGAAACUACAGACGUUGAAACAUUCUCAGAUGAGUCACUGAAUUCUGAACCAAUAACAACUGAAACCACAGACCUUGAAACAUUCGCAGCCGAAUCAUUGAAUUCUGAACCAAUAACAAUCGAAACUGCAGAUGUUGAAACAUCCUCAGAUGAAUCAUUGAAUUCUGAACAAGCAACAACGGAAAUUGCAGAUGUUGAAGCAUCCUCAGAUGAAUCAUUGAAUUCUGAACAAGCAACAACGGAAAUUGCAGAUGUUGAAGCAUCCUCAGAUGAAUCAUUGAAUUCUGAACAAGCAACAACGGAAAUUGCAGAUGUUGAAGCAUCCUCAGAUGAAUCAUUGAAUUCUGAACAAGCAACAACGGAAAUUGCAGAUGUUGAAACUUUUUCAGCUGAAUCAUCGAAUUCUGAACCCUCGAUAACCGAAACUGCGAACGUGGAACAAGCCGUAGACGAAUCAUUGAACGUCAAAUCCAGUGAAAUCGAAAAAUCCAGUGGGGAAAUGGGUAACACAGAAGUAAAUGCUGAACAAUAUGUUGCUGAAGAUCUUUCAACAACUGUUAACGUAGAAGAUAAGGAAAGCAAUGUGACGACUUCAAAAACUGAUCAUUUCUCGGAUUCCAAAUUUGAAGAAAACCUUGAUAAUGCUAAUUCCUCUACAAAAAUCGAAGGUGAAGCUCUUGAUAACACAAUGAAUGACGAAUCAAGAAAUGAAACGAUUGAAUCCGUUUCCUCAUUCAAUACUACUGAAAGCAGUGGAAGUAAUGAUGCCAUACCAGGCCCAAGUGGUAUUAGUGACGGUAUCAGCAAAGUGCACAAAGGAGACAAUGACAGUGACAGUACAGAUUCUAAAGUUUCAGACAACGAUAAACCAUCCCAAAUUAACGAUUCAGAUGUAAUAGAAUCACGUAACUCCCAAGAAAAAUUACCAAAAGAUGGAAUCGAUGAUAUGGCCAAAGUGAUUUCUAAGGAUCUACCACUUAAGAAUGACACCCCUUCGUCAUCUAAAAAUAUAAGUUCAUCAGGAAAUUCAAAUCUAUCAAGAAAUUCAAAUUCAUCAAGAAAUCCAAAUCCAUCAAGAAAUCCAAGUUCAUCAAAAAGUUCAAAUCCAUCAAGAAACCCAAAUUCAUCAAAAAGCCAAAGUUCAUCGAAACAUUCUGGUACUCCUAAAAAAUCCAAUGAACCAAGAAUUUUCGGCUCUUUUUUGAACGGAAGUAAAGGAUUUGGACUUAGAUUAUUUACGGAUUCGUCCAAUUCAAAUGAUAAAAAGGGACGUUCAAAUAACCCAACUAUUAGGUUUAGAAAGCGAGUUGCCUAA